AUGGCGACUUCAGCCUUUGUCAUCAUGGAAGACCGCGUGGACCAAUACAUUCGGGAAUACCCCGAUAGCUGUUCAGCAUGCUAUAAGGUCGAAAGAAACACCGCCAACAACACCACACUUAUGACUAGGAUGCCUUCGAACUUGGCAGCUGUUCGCCACUUACCCCCCUCCAUGGCGAAUAGAGAGAGCACCAUGAUUCUCGCGGUAUAG